AUGCUGGGGGGCCCGGAGUGGGGCCAGCGGGAGGCCACCCCCCCUAGAGAUGCCCCCCUGCCGAGUUUCGGUUUCACACAGGAGCAAGUCGCGUGCGUUUGCGAGGUACUUCAACAAGCUGGCAACAUUGAGAGAUUGGGUCGGUUCCUCUGGUCUCUACCCGCGUGCGAACGUCUCCAUGCACAUGAAUCUGUAUUGAAGGCCAAAGCAAUGGUAGCCUUCCAUAGAGGCAACUUCAAAGAACUGUACAGAUUGCUAGAAUCACACAAUUUCAGCGCUCACAAUCAUGAAAAAUUACAGAAUCUUUGGCUGAAAGCACAUUACAUGGAAGCAGAGAGGUUACGAGGCAGGCCGCUAGGCGCCGUCGGCAAAUACAGAGUGCGUCGCAAGUUCCCUUUACCCAGGACUAUAUGGGACGGUGAAGAAACUAGUUAUUGCUUCAAGGAAAAAUCUCGAUCAGUACUUCGAGAUUGGUACCUUCAUAAUCCGUAUCCGUCGCCGAGAGAGAAAAGGGAGCUCGCUGAAACAACCGGACUCACUACUGUACAGGUGUCAAAUUGGUUUAAAAACAGGCGACAAAGAGACAGACAAGCGGAACACAAAGAUAGCGGUGGCACAGGUGACAAGCAGCUGGACUCAUCCACAGACGACGACAGCGACGCGCCGCACGCCGCCGCGCACGCGCCGCCGCUGUACCCGCUGUACGAGCACCCGCUCGCACACCUGCAGUACCACCACACG